AUGAUGCGCAUUCUGCUUUCUCUGCUCUGCACGCCUGUUGCUUCCGCAAUUCUUACUACCGCCAACGCCGUCGACUAUCAUGAACAGCUUGUGCUGCAUCCGCUGCCACCAUCAAACCUGCUGGCAUCCUUCAACUUCCGCAGCAAUGAAUCUAGUGCCGCAUUUGAACAACAGAAUUAUCGCUAUUUCCCUCGGUCUCUAGGGCAGAUUCUUCAGCACGCGCAUACAAAGGAAUUGCACUUGCGAUUCACCACCGGUAGAUGGGACGCGGAGAACUGGGGAGAACGACCGUGGCAUGGCUUCAAGGAGGGAGGUACUGGAGUAGAGCUUUGGGCCUGGAUUGAGGCAUUGGAUGCGGAUGCUGCAUUCGCGAAAUGGAUUUCACUCACGCAGUCACUCUCUGGAUUGUUCUGUGCAUCUAUGAACUUCAUCGACUCUACACGAACGACAACUCCCUCUCUCACCUUUAACCCUACGGGGAAUCACUCUACGCCUACGGACAGUUUACAUCUCCUUCACGGAACCCUACCAGGCGAAGUUGUAUGCACGGAGAACCUGACCCCUUUUCUGAAACUUCUGCCUUGUAAGGGUAAGAGCGGCAUAUCUGGACUUUUUGAUGGCCAUAAGCUGUUUGACGCCUCAUGGCAGAGCAUGUCUGUUGACGUUCGCCCAACUUGUGUGAACAAGUCUGAAGACUGCCAAGUUGAAAUUGAACAAACUGUCGAUAUGGUACUCGACCUGGAUAGAUCGAAACGAGCUAGAGACAACCCCAUCCCUCGCCCUGUACCUGCUGGGGACCUGAUUUGCGAUGAAUCGAAACCUUAUCACUCUGGUGAUUUUUGUUAUCCAAUUGGAGCAUCUCGCUCGCAGACAUGGAGCAUAGAAGAUGUCUUUGGACGGAUGAUACCCUCUAGUUGCCCUCUUGGCCGAAAUAACGCGCAGGUUGUCUGCAUUAGGGUCCCUAACAGUAUAGAGGUAUUACCGAGCUCUGGUGCGCUUGAAACGCACACAUCCGACGGAAGAUCACGAUGUUAUGCACUACAUCCCAGCCAACCUUUCAAUUUGGUUGUUCCUGCGCAGCAGUCAACAUCUAGUGAAUCCCUGGAGGCGCCAGUAGUGCACUUGGAAAGGACCAUCAUAGGUCAUGGACAAGAAAGGGGUGGUUUGAGAUCCAUCUUGACCAACCCUUCUAAGACUGAUAUUGUCGACUUUGUGUACUUUGAAACCUUACCCUGGUUCAUGCGUCCGUUUUUGCACACUAUGAAGACAAAGAUAAGCCACAAGUCAGGGCCCUCGGUCGAAGUGCCGCCCACAAGCAUUAUUAAGGACGUCUUUUAUCGGCCUGCUAUCGACCGUCGCCGGGGAACACAGCUGGAACUGAUCUUGUCUGUCCCGCCAGCCUCAACGGUAACCCUGAUAUAUGAGUUCGAGAAGGCUAUCCUUCGGUACACGGAAUACCCACCGGAUGCCAACCGGGGUUUCAAUGUUGCCCCAGCGAUUGUUCGUGUUCUGAAUAAAAAUGAAACGCUACCGUCCUCCCCUAUCUAUCUCCGCACAACGAACCUCCUCCUGCCCCUGCCAACGCCUGACUUUAGCAUGCCGUAUAAUGUUAUUAUCCUGACAAGUACAGUCAUUGCUCUGGCGUUCGGAAAUAUAUUCAAUAUCAUUAUUCGUCGAUUUGUCGCCAUGGAGGAGGUCCCUCGCAAAAAUAUCAAAGCACUCGUAGUAGGGAAACUGGCCGCGCUCAAAAGCAAACUGGGGAUUAAGUCUGAUAAAGUAGCAUAA